UAUGACAUAACAAUUUGUGGAUUUGGUUACGAUUUGGAUACUAUCCGCUGUGUAUUGUCCGACGUGGGUGUUCCUGUAUGGGUUCCGUCUCAACUAUCUAGUUCUUUUACCCAGAAAGUUUGCUUAUUUGAAUCUAAUUCUCGACCGACCUCAUGGCCACAACAAACAACAGAAAUAUUUAAACAACAGCAAACAACUGGAACAACUGAGCCACAAACAACAGAAAUAUUUAAACAACAGCAAACAACUGGAACAACUGAUCCACAAACAACAGAAAUAUUUAAACAACAGCAAACAACUGGAACAACUGAUCCACAAACAACAGAAAUAUUUAAACAACAGCAAACAACUGGAACAACUGAUCCACAAACAACAGAUGUUCUUGGUCAACAACAAACAACCGGAAAAUUUAGGCCACAAACAACAGAAAUAUUUCAACAACAACAAACAUUAGAAAGUUCGAGACAACAAACAACAGGAAUAUCUGUUCAGCCAGUAAUUAAAACAACUGAACAAAGUCACACGACAGAAAAAUCAUUACAACAAAAAACAACAAUACAACAUGCAACAUCAGAAAACAGAAUAAUAACCAAUGGGUCCGUACAAUGCACUUGUGUUUGUAUGGAUACGACACUGUCACUUCAGGAGAAACUAAAACAAAGAAAGAGCGAUUUAACCGUUAAUUCUAAGAUCCUCUCCUCUAGAUUAAGGAAACUGACCAGUGCACCAGACUUCCGAUUGCUAUCUUGCGCGAUUGGCAGUGUAGGGGCGAUAGUUAUUGGAGUUAUUGUGGCAGUGAUUGUUUUACCCGAUGUGUAUCAAACUGUUUCUUAUAUCAUAAAGAUAUUUUAUUGCAAAUUAUACAAUUUAAAACCAUAACUUAGCAA